AUGAGGCGGGAAAUGGCCCGGGAGGCGAAAAACUCGGAGUUCGGCAGCAAUUCGUCAGAUCUGGACCUUGACAACAUAAUAGAGGAGGAGGAUACCACGGAAAGUGGACCAUCUGGGCUCAACCGGUCGUCGGACUCCUCAUCAACUACAGAAAUCGACUUGGAAAGGCAGUCGGAUGGAGGGAAGUUCCGAAGAAGCGGUACGAAGAACACAAAGCAUGGAAACCCAGCAAGGAGUAGGUCCCGAAUGUAUGGACAGCCACGAAUAAAAGGUCUGCGAAUCGUUCCGAGGAUUCCGAAUAGCCAGGAGGGGGGCGAUACCACUUCAAGCAGUGGGUCAACGUCGUAUGGCCCGCACAAGUUGGGCUCGAGGUCGAAUACUGAGCAAGGCUCGUCCAGCACGGAUGCGAACGGGAAGAUAACCGAGUCUUACAACCGGCAAAACUCGACCCGUGCCGACAGAGAGAGGAACUUCAUCAACUACUACGAAUCGGUGAUUCCGAUACUCCCAACGGCUGCCGAGGCCUCGACAUCUUCGUCCACCGCGUCAUCCAGCAAUCUCCUUGAUGCCAAGAACAAGCAGACCGGCCUGGACCGUCCGCUGGUGCCCGGAAGCCACGACAGAUCAGCAUCCAGUCUCUCUGGUCAGAGAUCGUUGCUGUCUGUGCAGAGCGAAUACCGGAGACAGCUAAACCAGACGGACUCGUCCUCAUUCCCGAAAGCUGCACAGACGAUGGCCACAGCCACGGCCUCGCAGAUCAAUUUGCUAAACAACUAUCCCGUCCGAAAUGGCACCAAGCUGUCCUCUUCGCCGGUUUCCCGCUCCAACAGCUCCUUUAACAUCGCGAAUGCCGGAACCAGGGAUGCCCGGCGGUUCGUGACCUCGUCCCAGAGGCUAAUAUCGCCACACGGUGGCAGCAGAAACAACUCCAGCCAGAGUUUGGGGGCUGGACACCAAACACCAAAGAGUUACAGUGAGAACAGCCAGCACAGUUCCAGUACCAGCGGGAAAAGGCCCCAAAUCGCCACACACGAGCAUCCCGUGCCCGAAACAUCCGACUACGAGUCUUCCCCCGAGUCCCGCGAUCCGGUAACUCCCCAAAAGCCACUUGCGACUCACCAGGACACAGUUAUGCAUGCUGACGAUUCGCAUCCUGCAAAGCGGGUGGUAGACUUGCCCAGAGCGGUUGGGUUCGACCAAUCGGGUAUCGAAAAUUCCCCGGGGGAUCAAGAGCCUAGGGGCAGGCAGGAGCAAAACUUGGAGACCGAGUCUUCAGCUCGACGAUCACACAUUUCACCAUUUGAGACCCCAAUGAGGAAGUCCCAAUUUAUGGCUGCUGACGACGAUGCAGAUGACAUUGUGAGCGAUUCCAGCUCAUUCAGCUACAGAGAGCCUCGGAGUGCGGCUAUUGACUCCGACCAAUUUUCAAACUAUUCAUCCAACAAACGUGCAUGGCUUCAAAGCGUGAAGCAAGGUCUUUAG